CAAUAAAAAUCGUUAUAUUCCGUCCGCGUAGAAAAGUAGUACAAUCCUCUUAUAACGAAACGUGGCUAUCGUUAUUAUCACACAAAGAACGAGAUAACGAAAUUGAGGGAUAGAAUACGCGCGUGUUGACAAUGUUGAACAAUUUCGACAACGAGAAGAGGAACUUCUCCCGUGGCUGAGACUGCGGCAACGUCCGCGGCUUCGAGUGCGGCCAGAAUCGUGGCUACACGUGCGGUUUCUACAAAUCAAUCGAUCUAAUGUCUUCCUCGUCGUUGUAUCUUUCUCGUGUAAACGCUUUCCGAAAUGUAACAAUUGUUUUCCAUUAUUUUUUCCGUUCGAUUAAUCUUAUCAUUUUGUGCUAUUACCCUCGUCGUCGUCGUUUAAACGAUGCCUAACGUAGGUACGUUCAGGGACUUUGAUCUUCGCGGUACGGUUCAUUUACGACGAGAGUAAACAGCGUAUCUUGCCGUUACGCUUCUAUCACUCUAUCACUGGAUAUAAGAUUGGUUUUGAACUAAAGUGUAUUUUAUCUGAUCAAAGAAACAGACGCGAUAUUUUCCGAUCAGUUCAUUCGCGUUAUAGACUAGCCUAUACGAAAGCUUUCUUCUUCUUCUUCUUCGAGAGAGAGAGAGAGAGAGAGAGAGAGAGAGAAAGAGAAAAGAAGUUGACGUAUUUCUUCAUUUCGAACGUUCGUUCAAAAAUUCGGAAAGCAAAAAGAAAAGACAGUUAGACAGAGAUAAAGGAAAAGGGAAAGAAAAGUUUUUCAGAGGCAAAACUCGUAGGUACACGUUUCGCGUGAUCUGUCUGGCUUAACAUGAAGAAACGAGCGCUUCGUCUGCAACUCCAACGAGGUUAUCUUCGACGAGACUAUAAAUUCAAUAAGGAACAAAGAGAACGAGACUUUGCAGAAGGUGAACUGAAACCCAUUGCAGUAAAAUUAGAUAAAGAACAUCUUUAUCCAAAAGAACAAAUUAAAAAAAUGGGCGAGCUUGGUCUCAUGAGUAUCGCAAUUCCUGAAAACUUAGGUGGAACUGGCUUAGAUUAUUUGGCAUAUGCAAUUGCCAUGGAAGAAAUAUCUAGAGGUUGCGCCAGUACAGGAGUAAUAAUGAGUGUACAUAAUUCAUUGUAUCUUGGACCUAUAGAAAAGUUUGGUACACCGGAGCAAAAAGAAAAAUAUAUUAGAACAUUUUUAGAUGGACAAAAAGUUGGUUGCUUUGCUCUGAGCGAACCUGGUAAUGGAUCGGAUGCAGGUGCUGCUUCUACCACUGCAGUGAAAAAUGGAAAUAAAUAUGAAAUCAAUGGAACUAAAUCAUGGAUAACGAAUGGAUAUGAAGCAGAAGCAAUUAUUUUAUUUGCUACCACAGAUAAAUCAAAGAAACACAAAGGAAUAAGUAGUUUUAUAGUGGAUAAACCCAUAAGUGGUUUAUCCCUAGGUAAAAAAGAAAAUAAGUUGGGUAUAAGAGGUAGCAGUACUUGUUCUUUGAUAUUUGAAGAUUGCAAGAUACCAGAAGAAAAUAUUUUAGGAGAACCAGGAAUGGGUUUUAAAAUUGCAAUGAUGACAUUAGAUUCUGGAAGAAUAGGUAUUGCCUGCCAAGCCCUUGGAAUAGCCCAAGCAUCUCUCGAUUGUGCUGUGGAAUAUGCAGCAAAGAGAGAAGCAUUUGGAAGUCCCAUUGCAAAAUUACAAACCAUUCAACAAAAAUUGGCAGAUAUGGCUUUAAAAUUGGAAAGCUCCAGAUUAUUAACAUGGAGAGCUGCACACCUUAAAGAUAUUGGUAAAUCAUAUACGAAGGAAGCUGCUAUGGCAAAACUAUCGGCAUCUGAAGCUGCUACUUUCUGUGCACAUCAGUGUAUACAAAUAUUGGGUGGUAUGGGUUAUGUAACUGAUAUGCCAGCAGAACGAUAUUAUAGAGACGCGCGCAUUACAGAAAUAUAUGAAGGAACCUCAGAAAUACAAAAAUUGGUUAUAGCUGGAAAUCUUAUAAAAGAAUAUAAUUUCAGUUAAAUUGUAAUUUGUACGCACAAGCUAUAUAUUUUUAUAUAUUUUUUAUAUGGCAUACUUUGAUAUAUAAGAAAAGAAACAAUACAUGUUCCACAUACCAUGCCUUCUACUUUUAUUCGCUUUUGACUAUGUAAAUAUUUGACACAAAUAUACAUGCAUAUAUGUAUGUGUACUAAUGCACAGCAUACAUUUACACAUAUAUACUGGUAUUUUACUGGUUAACUCUUGGCAACAUUAUAGAAAUUUCUAUUAACGAUUUCUAUUCUGCUUGCCGUAAGGAACACCUAAUGCUUACCUACAUAUUAAGUAAUGGAUGUUAUAAUACAGGUAGUACAUAUUACGCACAGUAUAGUUCAAUUCCACAAAAAUAAUCUAUUAUAUUAGUGGAAUUCAAUGGAGAAACUAUAGGUUUGAAACAUACAGUGAAAGUUUCAAUAGAGCAGCAUAAACCUCAUUUCUUGGCAAUCAAUAUUAUAGCGAAAGAAAUCUAUCAAUUUGGUCCUAAAUAAAGAAUGUGGGACAACUUUGCUUUUCAAUGGAAAGCAUAAUGCACGAGCCUCACUUUUUGUAACCUACCAUAUCUAUUAUAACAUUGGUAUACAUUCUGAGAAAUAUAUUAUUAGUGAAAUUCGUA